UUUUUCCUUGGGCUUGGAUUUUUGUCCUCGGGCAGCCAAGGCAUCCCUGUCUACACUUUGUGUCUUUAUUUAUUACUCGAGUGCCCGCCCUUCUGGCUGCCCGUCCCUCCUUGCCCCCAGCAACCCGCACCAGCUUCGCUCCCAAUACGAGGGACGUAGUCGCCAGUCGCCCACACGAAACCUCCCCCAUCAGUCAGGCACACCCGCCAGGGCAAGCCCACCAUGGCGCCCGCGACCGGCAUCUCGGACCCCAUCCUGACACGGAUGGUGGCCGAAGACAAAGUGCCCUGGUACAAGAAGCCGCACCUCCGCGUCAUGUACUUUUACUUGUUUCUCUGUUGCAUGGGCGUCGAGAUGACGUCGGGCUUCGACUCACAGCUCAUCAACACGCUGCAGUUCACCCCGGCCUUCUUAAAGUACUUCGGGGAUGGCUACGUCAGCCCCACCACGAACAAGCUCGACAUUGAGCCCGGCCUUCUCGGUAUUGUCAAUGCCUCUUACCAACUUGGCUCCAUCGUGGGCGUGCCCAUCGCCCCUUGGUUCGCCCAGCGCUACGGUCGGCGCGUUUCAAUCUUUACCGGAUCAGUUAUCAUGGUUGUCGGCUCCCUUAUCCAGGGCUUCGCCCAGCAUGUCGGCAUGUACAUCGUUGCGCGCUUGCUCCUGGGUAUCGGCAUCGUUUUCGCCAUCAUUUCGGGCGCAUCCAUGAUCGGCGAGCUCGCCUACCCCAAGGAGAGGCCUGUUCUGACAUCGCUGUUCAACGCCUCCUACUUCAUUGGAGCCAUCAUCGCCUCCGCCAUCGCCAUCGAGACGGUGAACAUCCAGUCGGACUGGGCUUGGCGCGUGCCCUCGCUCCUUCAGAUUUGCCCUUCCAUCUUGCAGAUUGCCACAGUGUUUUUCCUGCCCGAGAGCCCCCGUUGGCUGAUCAGCCGUGAUCGCGAAGACGAGGCUUUUGCCAUCUUAACCAAGUUCCACGCCGAGGGCGACGCCAGCUCGCUCAUCGUCAACGCUGAGAUGGCACAGAUCAAGUCGACGAUUGCACUGGAGCUCGAGAGCUCCAAGCAGUCCUGGUUCGAAAUUCUCAAAGCCCCGGGAAUGCGUCGCCGAGCCCUCAUUUCGGCCUUCCUUGGCCUGUUCACCCAAAUGUCGGGCAACACUUUGCUAUCCUACUACUCGAACCUGCUCUUUGAGCUGAUGAACUUCACCACCACGUACGCCAAAACUCGCAUUAACCUUGCCGACAAGUGCUGGAACUUGAUAAACGCCACCGUUUUCGCCAUCAUCAUUGUCCGCUUCCCUCGACGCAGGAUGUUCAUGACCUCAGCUGCCUGUAUGCUGUGCGUGUUUAUCGCCAUCACCAUUUGUUUCGAGCGCCUCAAGGCAGCCAAGGACGCCGGCGAGACCAACUGGUCUGCCUCGUACGCAGCCUUGUUCUUCUUUUUCGCUUACGGCCCGGCCUACAACAUCGGAAACAACGCCCUCACUUACACCUACCUCGUCGAGCUGUGGCCUUACACCCACCGUUCGCGUGGUAUCGGUGUGCAGCAAAUCUUUGGCAAGGCUGGUGGUUUCUUUUCCACUUUCGUGAACCCUUUGGCCAUCAACGGCAUUGGCUGGAAGUUCUUCGCCAUUUACUGCGGUUGGAUUUUCUUCGAGUUUACCUUCAUUUACUUUAUGUACCCGGAAACCCAUGGUCGCACUUUGGAGGAGCUGACGUUUUUGUUCGAGCCCAAAGAGCUUGCCGACAAAUCCGUAGCUGCUGUCGAAAAGCAGGUUCAUUCCGGCGAUGCCGUAAUGCGAGAGGAAGGCGGGGAUAAGAAGGUUUAAAAGCAACUGGAAGCGGGUUACCUUGCAUGUAGUUGUUUUGUAAACCAAGAAUGAAAGCUAUAUUUAUGCAAUACAAGUAGUUGCCAUGCAUUGUAUUACAAAGAAGUUAU